GCGGCCCCUCCCUCUUCCCUCCCUACCCGGGGCUGGCGGUGCUUGCGCCGCUUCCUGCACCGCCCUGCGCCGCCCUGCGCGGGGGGAGUGACGUGUCGUGGCCCGGCGCGGCGUAAGGCCGCACAGGUCACCAUAGCCAUCCUUGAGCUCUGAGACUGGGCAGUGUUUGUACGAUGCAAAAAGGAGAGAUAUGACGACGGUCUCCUUGCAAUAUUCCUGGCAUAUUCUUGCUAAGGAAUGUUUAUAUAAGUGAAGCUAUUUGAGGGAUGAAAAUGAAGUGAUGUGAAUAGAGGUGAUCCUUGUCAUUUGGGCAGUUAUUAACAUCACAAGAACUACAAACAAACAUGGGUGGCACUCUCUGGUGCUCACUGAGCUUUUAUCAAGUGGUGAUUUUAUGCAAUGGCAUCAAGCCACAGUUCUUCACCAGUGCCUCAGUCAAACAGCAGUGAUGCUUUCUUUAAAAAGGAAAUGGAUGCCACAAAACAUUUUCGACCUGUGCAGUCUCUGCCUGAUGUGUGUCCCAAGGAACCUACAGGCGAUGCCAGUAAUUUAUGUGACAGCCCAUCUCUAGUUGUGGAUCAGCACAGACGGACUAUUUAUCAUUCCAAAGUCAAUCUCCCAGCAGCACUAAAUGAUCCUAGGUUAGCAAAAAGGGAAUCUGAUUUCUUUACAAAAACAUGGGGAGUGGACUUUGUGGACACUGAAGUCAUGCCUUCAUUCUACCUCCCACAGAUCACCAAGGAACAUUUUGCAUUAUACCAACAGGAAAUCACUCCGAGAGAGAAGGUUCAUGAAAGAUGCAAGAAUACUUGUACUCCUAAAGACACCUUUGACAGGACUCUGUUACACACCCAUGAUAAAUCCAGGACAGAUCUGGAACAAGUACCUAAGAUUUUUAUGAAACCAGAUUUUGCCUUGGAAGAUUCCUUAACAUUUAAUGCCGUUUUACCAUGGUCUCAUUUUAGUACUGCUGGUGGAAAAGGAAAUCGUGACGCAGCUUCCUCCAAAUUACUUCAAGAAAAGCUGAGCCAUUAUCUGGACAUUGUGGAAGUCAAUAUUGCUCAUCAGAUUUCUCUGCGCUCAGAAGCAUUUUUUCAUGCAAUGACCUCUCAGCAUGAGUUGCAGGACUACCUCAGGAAAACCUCCCAAGCUGUAAAAUUACUUAGAGAGAAAAUCUCCAAAAUUGAUAAAGUAAUGUGUGAAGGAUCGCUUCGAGUUUUAAGACUGUCACUCACCAGAAAUAACUGUAUAAAAGCAUACAAUAAGCUGAAGUUGAUGGCUACUGUACACCAAACGCAGCCCACAGUACAGUUGCUGCUAUCUACUUCUGAGUUUGUUGGAGCUUUGGACUUAAUAGCAACAACACAGGAGGUGUUACAGCAAGAGCUUCAAGGCAUUCACAGUUUCCGGCAUCUUGGCUCACAGCUUUGUGAACUGGAAAAGCUGAUAGAUAAAAUGAUGAUUGCAGAGUUCUCAACGUAUGCUCGUAAUGAUUUAAAUAGACCCCUAGAAGAUGAUUGCCAAAUUCUAGAAGAGGAGAGACUUAUAUCACUAGUAUUUGGACUCCUAAAACAAAGAAAGAUAAAUUUUUAUGAAAUAUAUGGAGAUGAAAUGAUUAUUACAGCGAAGAACAUAAUUAAACAGUGUGUGGUUAAUACAGUAUCGCAGAUAGAAGAAAUAGAUACAGAAGUGGUUGUUAAGCUUGCGGACCAGAUGAGGAUGAUGAAUUUUCCUCAGUGGUUUGAUUUACUGGAGAAUAUUUUUUCUAAGUUUACGAUAUUCCUCAAGAGAAUAAAGGCAACGUUAAAUACUAUCCGUAGCGUGGUUUUCUUGGUUCUAGACAAGAACCAAAAAAACAGAGACCUGGAGGACACGUUACAAAAGAACUCUGCUAAAGACAGUAUGGUGGAUACAGAAGUGGCCUACCUGACUCACGAAGGCAUGUUUAUAAGCGAUGCGUUCAGCGAAGGGGACCUCCCGCCUGUAGCAGCUGACACUACCUCUCAAAGAAACAUUUCCCCAAACAGUGAGCCCUGUAGCAGUGAUUCGGUCUCCGAACCAGAGUGCACUACUGAUUCCUCAUCCAGCAAAGAGCAAACGUCAUCUUCUGUUACUCCAGGGGGAGUAGAGAUGAUGAUUGGUGAUGACAUGAAGCUGACUGACCUGGAACUGGUCAGGCUGGCAAACAAUAUUCAAGAGUUGCUUUAUAGUGCCUCUGAUAUCUGCCAUGAUCGUUCAGUCAAGUUCCUCAUGGCAAGAGCAAAGGAUGGCUUCCUAGAGAAGCUGAAUUCCAACGAGUUUGUUGCCCUUUCUCGCUUGAUGGAAGGCUUUAUCUUAGAUACUGAGCAGAUCUGCGGCAGGAAAAGUAUGUCCUUGCGAGGAGCACUUCAGAGUCAAGCCAAUAGAUUUGUGAAUAGAUUCCAUGAGGAGAGGAAGACAAAACUAAGCCUACUUUUGGACAAUGAGCGCUGGAAGCAAGCUGAAGUUCCUGCCGAGUUUCAAGAUCUUGUUGAUUCGGUAUCAGAUGGCAGAAUAUCUCUUCCUGAAAAAAAACCAGCAGUGACUGAAGAAAGAAAGCCAACCGAAUUUCUUAUUGUUGAAGGACAAAAAUAUGCAACAGUUGGGACAGUAUUGCUGUUAAUAAGAAUAAUCCUUGAGUACUGCCAGUGUGUGGAUAACAUUCCUUCCAUCACCACUGACAUACUUACCCGCCUGUCUGAUUUACUGAAGUAUUUCAACUCUAGAAGUUGCCAGCUAGUACUUGGAGCUGGUGCAUUACAAGUUGUUGGUUUGAAAACAAUCACCACCAAAAACCUAGCCCUUUCUUCACGUUGCCUACAGCUAAUUGUACACUACAUUCCUAUUAUCAGGGCUCAUUUUGAAGCUCGACUGCAGCCGAAGCAGUUUAGCAUGCUCAGGCAUUUUGACCACAUUACAAAGGAUUAUCACGACCACAUAGCUGAAAUUUCAGCAAAGCUCGUUGCCAUAAUGGAUAGCUUAUUUGACAAACUAUUAUCCAAGUAUGAGGUGAAAGCUCCUGUUCCUUCAGCAUGCUUCAGGAAUAUCUGCAAGCAAAUGGCAAAGAUGCAUGAAGCUAUAUAUGAUCUCCUUCCUGAGGAGCAAACUCAGAUGUUGUUUUUAAGAAUUAACGCAAGCUACAAACUUCACCUGAAGAGGCAGCUGGCCCACCUAAAUGUAGUCAAUGAUGGAGGACCUCUGAAUGGACUGGUCACUUCAGAUGUAGCUUUUUACACUGGAAACCUCCGAGCUCUGAAAGGCCUUAACAACCUAGACCUAAACAUGGCUGAAAUCUGGGAGCAGAAGAGGUGAUGAGCCACUGGGAGCAGUCACUUGGCUCUGACAACAGACCGACUUUCUUCUAAGCAGCACGAUGACUGUGAGGCGAAUACUUAAGACCAGAGUCCAAGAAAGGAGACUAUUGAUAGUCGGAAAACUAGACUCAGAGUGAGCUGCAGGGAGUGAUCUUUUCAGUGUCCUUCAGCAAGAAACAAGUGAUCAGCUGUCUGUGCAAUGUUUUUUCGUUCUCUCUGGAAACAGACUCAGGUUUCUUUGGACCAAAUCCAAAAGAACUCAUAGCUGUAACACAGCUGUAGUUGUCUAGAAUGCUCUGUAUAUCUUUAUAUUAAAAAGAUGCUUUGCAUUUCUUCUAGUGCAAUGAAAUCCAUAUGGUGUCCCACCUUAUUUAAUGAUGGUACAAUAUAAAAAUCUUGCAGUUGGAACUCUGUAGAAAAUGUUUUUCUCUAUGAAACUAUGCUGUUCUAAAAUUUAUUUUUUUACAGAACUUUAUAUAAAUAAAUGUCUUUUGCUUGCAUUUAGGGUUCAGCUUUGUUAGGGAGCAGUCCUGUUUCAGGGGAGUUCUCACAGCUUGGCUCUAAGCUGCCUUUCUGAGGAUCUGAUUUUCUAAUAAGCUGUCCGUUCAUGGAAGCAUUACCUACAGCACUGAGCUGCCGAAGGGUAAGCCGGAGCAGCAACAACAUAACUGUGGGCUUCUGGUGGAACAUGUGAAGGUGGUGAAAAGGCUAGUGUGGGGAUGGGUCCCUGCAGCUCCAUAACCCUGGCCAUGGCAUAGCCGCAGACAGCAGGGUAAGGACAGGGCCUGCUUCAGGACUGUGCCACCUGCUCCACAGCUCUAAAGACACACAGCAGUCUGCAUAAAGACAGAGGAUGCAGAAAAUGGGACAAGGAGAAUUCUAAAGUUUUUAGGCUGCUUAUAGAAGGUUACACCAUUAAGGAGGGGGCGUUUAUUGAAGAGGUUUUUUUACUACUACCUUUUAAGACUGGACACUGCCAGUACUAAGGAAAAGUGCCUGUGUAUUUCAUCUCACACCUCUUUACCUUACCCUAGUCUGAGUGCCUAACCCUGUGACAAUGAUGUAUGAUGGAAUGGUCUCCAAGCCUGUGACAAUGAUGUAU